UUUCACCGGCUUCGCAAAUACCAUGGCUAUCACCCUCAACAACGGAUGUCGCAUGCCCAACUUCGGGCUGGGCACCUGGAAAUGCUGUUUAGGUCUUGGUGGAUGUGGGCAUGGACCACUUCAUUAGCUGAGGAGUAACAAAUGGAACUACACUCUAAACAAUUAUUAAAGAACAUCUUCACUUCUGACCUUAUGAAGAGAAUGUCAUUGAGGCAGCUGAAGAUAGCUCCGAGGGCCUCCUGGAGUGAUGUCCUGUGGUUCAAAUGAUUAACCUCCAACUAUCAGAACCAGCUUCUUCAAGUCUGAGCCAGGUAAAGUGACAGCGGCUGUGAAAGAAGCCAUUGACGUUGGAUAUCGUCAAAUCGAUGGUGCAUUUGCAUAUGAAAAUGAGAAAGAAGUUGGUGAAGCUAUUGCUCAGAAAAUUAAGGAUGGAAUUGUAAAACGUGAAGACCUUUUCAUUGUUAGCAAGCUGUGGUGCACCUUUCAUGCAAAGGAUCAGGUAAAGAACGCCUGUGCUAAAACCCUAAGUGACCUGAAGCUGGAAUAUCUGGAUCUGUACCUUAUUCACUGGCCUAUGGGAUUCAAGGCUGGUCAGGUGAACCUUCCUCUUGAUGAGAACGACAUGAUCAUACCAAGCAAUACAGAUUUUGUUGACACUUGGGAAGCAAUGGAAGAUCUAGUUGCCAAUAAAAAGGUUAAAGCUAUAGGGGUGUCCAACUUUAAUAGUAAGCAGAUUGAGCGUAUUCUAAAUAAACCGGGUCUAAAGAUCAAACCAGCUGUCAACCAGAUUGAAUGCCACCCUUAUCUGACUCAAGAAGAUCUGAUCUCCUAUUGCAAAUCUAAAGAUAUUGCUGUGACAGCCUAUAGUCCACUGGGAUCUCCAGAUAGAGCAUGGGCAAAGCCAGAUGAACCCAAUCUCCUUGAGGAUCCUAAGAUACUGGAAAUAGCAAAAGGUCAUGGAAAAUCAUCGGCACAACUGUUGAUCCGGUUCCAGAUUCAAAGAGGGCUAAUUGUAAUUCCAAAGUCUGUCACCCCAAAUCGAAUUAAGGAAAACUUUCAGGUGUUUGACUUUCAGUUAAGUGAUGCAGAGAUGAAGACCAUCCUCUCCUUCAACAGGAACUGGCGAUAUUAUGCAAUGUCUUGGUGUGUUAAACACAAGAACUAUCCAUUUGAGUUAACAAAGUAAACUGCUUCAAGUGGAACAAGCUAUUCAUCUAGCAGAAAACUUGUGGUGCUCUGUCUGUAAACUUGAACAGCAGAGUUAACCUAAUGUUUAAAAAAAAACCUUUAUACGUUUUACUGUCUGGUGACAUACUUUUGUAACCAUGAUGCAAAUAAACAUUCUAGAGAAGGGUAAUUUUCCACUUGUGCUGGGAUGCCUCUAUCUUCUUUCUGUGCAAAGCCAGAUCAACUAGUUCUUGGCACCAGUUUGGAAAAAAUGCCUGUUUUCUUAUUUUAACCAUU